UCUCAGGGACGGAGCCGCAAAGGAGGAGGGCAAGACUCCCGCAUCAUCGCGCGCGCUCUCCCUCUCAUCACCUCCGCGGUACCGGAGCUGAAUUAAAGAGACUACGUUUUUAACUGUGGUAAAUUUUAACAUGUGUCGACUCUAUAUGGUGUCCGCUGUUUUGUGAACAGUGCCCGUGUGGUGGAUGUGGUUGCGUCACGCGUGCAUAAGCAGAAGACGAUGAUUUUGUCGUGUUUUCUUUUCCCCGCGUUAUGGGGACUGGCGCUCGGCGGUUCUCCAAGCGUCCAAAUCGGUGGCCUGUUCCCGAGAGGAGCAGAUCAAGAGUACAGCGCGUUUCGGAUCGGAAUGGUUCAGUUCGGCACGGCCGAAUUCCGACUCACUCCUCACAUUGAUAAUUUAGAGGUGGCCAACAGCUUCGCUAUAACAAAUUGCUUUUGCUCCCAGUUUUCCAGGGGAGUGUAUGCGAUCUUUGGCUUCUACGAUAAGAAAUCGGUGAACACCAUAACGUCAUUCUGUGAAACGCUGCACGUGUCCUUCAUCACGCCCAGUUUCCCAGCCGAUGGACUCAACCAGUUUGUCCUGCAAAUGAGGCCUGAUAUCAAAGGACCUCUAAUCAGCCUGGUGGAGUAUUACAAGUGGGAGAAGUUUGCCUAUCUCUAUGACAGUGACAGAGGCUUGUCUACUCUGCAGGCAGUGCUGGACACAGCAGCAGAGAGGAAGUGGCAGGUAACAGCCAUUAACGUUGGGAACCUUAAGGAUGAGUGGAAAGACGAGGCAUAUCGCUCCCUCUUUCAGGACCUCGAGAACAAGAAAGAGAGGAGAGUCAUCCUAGACUGUGAACAGGAUAAAGUCAAGGACAUUAUGGAACAGGUCAUUACAAUUGGUCGACAUGUGAAAGGAUAUCAUUACAUCAUUGCUAAUUUUGGCUUUGUGGAUGGAGAUUUGUCCAAGAUUCAGUAUGGAGGAGCGAAUGUGUCUGGAUUUCAGAUUGUGGAUUUUGACGAUCCGCUUGUUGCUAAAUUUGACCAGCGCUGGGAGGCACUGGAAGAGAAGGAGUACCCUGGAGCAGACAGCAGAAUCAGAUACACUUCUGCUCUCACAUAUGAUGCUGUGCAAGUAAUGACAGAGGCAUUCCGCUUCCUGCAUAAACAAAGAAUUGAUAUCAGUCGACGUGGCAACAACGGAGACUGCUUGGCCAAUCCUGCGGUGCCGUGGGCACAGGGGGUGGAGAUUGAGCGUGCUCUCAAACAGGUGCGUGUGGAUGGAUUGACAGGAAAUAUUCAGUUUGAUCAGUAUGGCAGGAGGGUGAAUUACACAGUCAAUGUGAUGGAGCUGAAGAACAGUGGCCCUGUGAAGAUUGGUUACUGGAAUGAGAUGGACAAAAUGGCGGUCACAAAAUCUGAUCUUUUCCCCAACGACACCAUGGGAAUGGAGAACAAAACGGUUGUUGUGACAACAAUCCUGGAGGCACCGUAUGUAAUGCUGAAAAAGAAUGCAGAGUUACUCACUGAUAAUGACCGUUAUGAGGGCUACUGUGUGGACCUGGCCGCUGAGAUUGCAAAGCAUUGUAUGUUUAAAUAUCAGCUGAGGAUUGUGGCAGAUGGAAAAUAUGGCGCACGAGAUGCUGAGACCAAGAUCUGGAAUGGCAUGGUUGGGGAACUUGUGUAUGGGAAAGCAGACAUAGCUGUAGCUCCUCUUACCAUAACUCUGGUCAGAGAGGAGGUGAUUGACUUCUCUAAACCUUUCAUGAGUCUGGGAAUAUCCAUUAUGAUCAAGAAACCACAGAAAUCCAAACCAGGUGUCUUCUCCUUCCUGGACCCAUUGGCCUACGAGAUCUGGAUGUGCAUUGUAUUCGCCUACAUUGGAGUUAGUGUUGUGCUCUUCCUUGUUAGCCGCUUCAGUCCUUACGAGUGGCACACUGAGGAGUUUGAGGAUGGGCAACUGGGACCUAGCGAAUCUACGAACGAGUUUGGAAUCUUUAAUAGUCUCUGGUUUUCUCUGGGCGCUUUUAUGCAGCAGGGAUGCGAUAUUUCCCCAAGGUCUUUGUCUGGCCGUAUAGUUGGUGGUGUAUGGUGGUUUUUCACCCUCAUCAUCAUCUCCUCCUACACGGCUAACCUGGCUGCUUUCCUCACUGUGGAGAGGAUGGUGUCACCUAUCGAAAGUGCUGAAGACCUGGCCAAACAGACCGAGAUUGCCUAUGGAACACUGGAUGCAGGCUCCACCAAAGAGUUCUUUAGGAGAUCUAAGAUUGCUCUUUUUGACAAGAUGUGGCAGUACAUGAAGAGUGCAGAGCCAUCUGUGUUUGUUAAAAACACAGUGGAAGGUGUUUUGCGUGUCCGAAAGUCCAAAGGAAAAUAUGCUUACCUUCUGGAGUCCACUAUGAAUGAGUACAUCGAGCAGCGCAAGCCCUGUGACACCAUGAAGGUCGGAGGAAACCUUGACUCUAAAGGCUACGGCAUCGCUACACCCAAGGGAUCUGCUUUAAGAAACGCGGUAAACCUUGCAGUGCUAAAACUGAACGAGCAGGGGCUUCUGGAUAAAUUGAAAAACAAAUGGUGGUACGACAAAGGAGAGUGCGGCAGCGGAGGCGGGGAGUCAAAGGAGAAGACUAGUGCUCUCAGCCUGAGUAACGUUGCGGGCGUAUUCUACAUCCUGGUGGGCGGUCUUGGGUUGGCUAUGAUGGUCGCUCUGGUGGAGUUUUGCUACAAGUCUCGUGCGGAGGCCAAGCGCAUGAAGGUUGCCAAGACUCAGGCUCUAAAUCCCUCCUCUUCCUCGCAGAAUUCUCAGAAUUUUGCUACUUAUAAGGAAGGGUACAACGUGACGUUCACAGAUGCUAUGCGCAGUAAGGCCAGGUUGUCUAUAACGGGCAGUACAGGGGAGAACGGGCGAGUGCUGACUCCAGACUUCUCUAAAGCCGUCCAUGCUGUGCCGUACCUGAGACCUGGCAUGGCAAUGCCUCUGAGUGUGAGCGAACUGUCCUGAGUGCCUUACACACACACACUCACAUACACACACACUGUUGCAAGCAUGCUUUACCCCCACUUUCAUACAUAUCCAUAAAUGUAUACAUAUUCUGACACAUCUACACACACUAACACAAUAUAUUUACAUAUAAAUGCUUAAUUACACCAUAUACAAUGAAUCACAAAUACCAUCUACGCACAGGAUGUCAGAUCUUACUGUAUAUGUAAAUAUUCAUGCAAAGACACUCUUUAACAGAUUUUUCUGUUCAGUGUAUUUGUAUUUUUAACAUCGUUGAUGUAUACAAUCAACAUUUGAAUACACAAAAACAUGAUGACAGGCAUGCACAUAAAAAAGAUAUACAGGCACAUUGCUAUGUGUACAUACGCAGACAAAAUUCACAAAACUUGUGUGGCACACUGCUACCCUACCUGUAUAAAGUUCCAUGUUGUAUACAUGUUACUUUUUUCAUUUGGAAGGUCACAUGCUCACAUAUGCACACAAUAUAACCUCCUUUCUCCCAUAUAUUCACAGACACAUACACAAGCAAAGAAACACACUUGCCCCAUGUCUUCAGUUUUCAUUUACUUUUUUUUUUUUACUUUGUAAGUUAUGCCAUUGAAUACUUGAUUCUCAACAACUCAAGCACACUUGAAACAUCUGCAUCAAUUGUGAUUUUGUUUACUUGAUCAACAUGAUGAUAUACUGUAUAUAUAAAGAGUUUGACUAGAAUCAUUUCUUAUUAUAUGAGCUAUGUCUAAAAAAAAUUAUGUAUAUAAUUAUACUUUUGUUCAUUUGAUGUUAAUGUUACAAUGAAAAUGCUUGACUUAAAGAAAAAAGAAAUGAUUUGAGUAGUUUUGUUUUUUCUCACUGGUUUGAUUAGUUGAAAACGUGAUGUGGAUUUAUUUAUUUUAGUAUUGUUCUGAUACUGUUUUUCUGGCCUAUGGACGAUGCAAGCAGUAGUUUUAUAUCUCUUUACUUAAAAAAAAAAAAAAAAACUUUAAAGAAUAUUUUACCUUCUGCAUUACACAUUUCAUAUGGUAUAUUAGAAGUGUUUAUUGAGAUAUUGAUUAAAAUGGAUCUGUAUGUGAAUAUGUUAACUUGAUAAUAUAUUAUGAUACCCCAGAAUGCCAAAUAUUGAUGUGUGCCAAAAAUAGGUCAAGGCAUUUCAGAUGCAUUUGUUAAUAUUUUGUAUCUGUAGGGGAAAUGUAAAGACUGAAAAUCAACACCCUAUACUCAAGGGUUUGUUAUUUAUCUUUUGGUCUUUUCUUUUUAAUAUCAAACACAUUGUAUUUUAAAUGAGGUGCACUACGAUAUGCAGUUUAACUGUGAAACGCAUGACGACCUUUAGUUAUCCAUGUUUUUAUAAAAGCAAUGAUUAAGAUGAGUAUAUCACUAAUAUAAGUUGACUAGAACUUUAAUUUAUGUAGUCCAGUUAUGAUCUGAAGACUUAGAGAUGGAGACGAUUGCAGAUAGAUAUAUUGAUAAUUAUAUUGAUAAAGUAUAUGCCAAUCACCCUUUUCUAUGCCAUUCUGUGCAACUGAAAUAUUGUUCAAUAGUUUUAUAUGUAUUGUACAUGUAAAUAGAAAACAUUCAUGUGUAUAACUUAAAUCUUGGAUGAUACACCAAUAUACACACAGAUGCACACAAGAGGAUUGCUCAUAUUGUGCAUUUGGGAGUAUGUUUGGGAACAUACUCUAGUUUUCUGUGCAAAACCUGAGCGUAGUGCCAAGCUGUCUCUCACACACAGACACACAAAUAGACUCGUCAUCACUAGCAUAAUUUCAGUUGGAGAGGCUGCAAUGGAAUGAAAUGGAGGACAUUUUUUCUAAAUGGAAUGUGGACUGAUUGCUUUAUUUUUUGGAAUCUUUUGGAAUAAACAGAGACUGAGAAUCCUC